CCAGUUCCUCAGCUCCCGCCGCCAGCGCCGCCGCCGCCCGUGCAGUGGCAGCCGCGGCCGCCUCCUGUCUCCUCGCCGCGGGGGAAAAGAGGACGCGCGCGAGCCAGCUCGGGCGUCCCCGCCCAGCCUAACCCCGCAGCCAUGAACCCCAACUGCGCCCGGUGCGGCAAGAUCGUGUACCCCACGGAGAAGGUGAACUGUCUGGAUAAGUUCUGGCAUAAAGCAUGCUUCCAUUGCGAGACGUGCAAGAUGACUUUGAACAUGAAGAACUACAAGGGCUAUGAGAAGAAGCCCUACUGCAAUGCACACUACCCCAAGCAGUCCUUCACCAUGGUGGCUGACACCCCGGAAAACCUCCGUCUCAAGCAACAGAGUGAGCUCCAGAGUCAGGUGCGCUACAAGGAGGAGUUUGAGAAGAAUAAAGGCAGAGGCUUCAGCGUGGUGGCAGACACCCCUGAGCUCCAGAGAAUCAAGAAGACCCAGGACCAGAUCAGUAACAUAAAAUACCACGAGGAGUUUGAGAAGAGCCGUAUGGGCCCCAGUGGGGGUGAGGGCCUGGAGCCCGAGCGUCGGGAGUCCCAGGAGAGCAGCAGCUACCGGCGGCCCCCGGAGCAGCAGCAGCCGCAGCCCCACCACAUCCCAACCAGUACCCCUGUCUACCAGCAGCCCCAGCCACAGCAGGUGGCUCAGUCCUACGGUGGCUACAAGGAGCCUGCAGCCCCGGUUUCUGUCCAGCGAAGUGCCCCAGGCGGGGGUGGGAAGCGGUACCGCGCUGUGUAUGACUACAGCGCUGCCGACGAGGAUGAAGUCUCCUUCCAGGACGGGGACACGAUCGUCAACGUGCAGCAGAUUGACGACGGCUGGAUGUACGGCACCGUGGAGCGCACGGGCGACACAGGCAUGCUGCCAGCCAACUACGUGGAGGCCAUCUGAGCUCCCUAGCGCCCCCGUCCCGUCUUGUCUCUCUCCAGCACAUUCCACGGCAUCGCAUCCGUCCAGCCACCCCGCAGUAUCUCUGUUGUUAAAUUCCGCGACAGCUUGUGAGUGUGUGUGUGAGUGUGUGUGUCCCCUCCCUGGCUUCCCUGGCCAGCUGAAUCCUAGCUCUGCUGCUGUCGCCAGCUCCUUCGGCCAGCAGGUCUUCCCUCUGACUCACUUCUUGAUUUUUCUCUCUGGAUAGAGCAGGCCUGGGCCUCUCUGAGGGAGACCUCUGCCCUCCAUCCCGGGCCUUGCCUGCCUCUCAUUUUGUUCCCCCUCAGACUCCCCUGCCCAGCUCCUCAUACAUCUAAACAUUCCAGAAAGCUCCUGACUCCUAGGACCAACCCCAGCCACCACCAGGCUGGGACUCUGUGCCAUGUUGGGAUUCAGGCCAUGAGCUCUGCCUCUCUGUCCCACGGAGAGGGCUGCUGGUCCACCAGGGGUUCUCCACCAGGGCAAGGAGGGCACCUCACACAGAGUGAGCUGUGUUUGACACCCACAGGCAUUCCUUCUGCCCGCACAGGCUAUAGAGUGAACUGAGAGCCACCACCCCUGGAGUAGCGUGGCCAUACCAGGAGCCGGCUGCAGGAGGGAGGGCUGUGGUGAAGCUCUUUGUCCCUCCUGCCCCCUGGGGACCCUCACUUAAACUCCCUGGAAGUUGGGUGGGUCCUGCAGGUCAGGAAGGGACCCCCCGGGGGCCUUUAGUACUAUACCCUGGCCCCUAGUACCUGGAUCUGGUGGGUGACUACCCCUGCCUCGUGCUCAUAGAAGAGCCACCUCCUCCACCACCACUGCCCAGAGUCUGAUGGACUUGGACCUGGGCGAAGCCUCCAGGUUGGGGGCAGGGGGUAUGUGCCAGGGGUGGGAGAGUGGAAGUAAGAUCUUGGGACGUAUCCACAAGUGUAGGCUCCUGAGUGGGGCUGGAGCCCCCAAAGCCUGCACGCUGAGCCCACUGGGAGGGGAGAGAAGUUGAUGAUGUUGUUCUGGAGUAGAAACUUCUCCCUUUCCUUUCAUCUCCAAGUGGAGAAAGCUGUCCCGGCCCCUCUGCGGGAAGUGAGGGCGGCUGACAGAGCUGCCUUGAGCUUGCUCCCGGCGUGUUCUCCCCCCUUCCCCCGACCAUCUCUGUGGCAUCUGCACGGUGGGUUCCCAUCACGUGCCCAGAGGCCCUCUGGAAGCAGGGACAGGAUUCCAGGGCUAUAAAACUGGAAGCCGGGUCUCCGAGGUGAGAAGGGAAAGAUGGUGCUAUAUCCCAGUCCCCUCCCGGCUCGGCUCAUGGGCGCCGGUUUGACUUCUGUCCGGGCUUUCUUGUCACCCUUCCAUCGUCCCCUUGCGUCUCAGCAGCCCCCCAACCCUGGUUGACGUCCUGUGCCCCUGGGCCGUGGCGCCCUAUAGCUCAGGAGUCUGUCCCAGACAGAGCUUGAGGAAGCGGUUCUGGGCGAUAGGCUGCUGGGUGUCGCUUUGGGCUCUUGGCAGGCUCUUGGUAAAGGACAAGCCCGGGCAGGCGCGAUCCAUUCCAUUUCCUCUUGAUCUCAAAGCACAAUGGAUUUGGGGAUCAAAGGUCAAGAGCACAUCCUGCAGGGCACCCGUGGGUGGGGAGGACACCCGUGGCCAGCCUCGUGUUUGCAGGCAUCUUGCUACCGACCCCGCCUCUCCUGGACUAGGGGCAUUGCCCUAUCCAUCCCCCACAGAGAGCAGGGGCUGCCGCUGUGGUGCUGAGGAGCCUUGGGGGGCUGUCGGGAGCCUGUCCCUUC